AUGACAACAACUGUGCCUAAAGUGUUUGCCUUCCAUGAAUUCUCGGAUGUGGCUGAGGCAGUGGCUGAUUAUGUUGUGUAUGCACAAAAUGGUGCAUUGAAUAGAAAGGUAAAAGAAAGGAAGCCUUCGCUCGCUGCAUUGAACACGAGUCAUUCCACUGGCAAAGUUAAUGAACUAGGAACCAAACGGAGUGAAGAUGGGGAAGGAUCAGAAGUUCAACGAGUUCUUUCAUCUAAGAGUGUUCGCUCAGUUGGCAAUGACAGCAGUGCCAGUAGCGUAAGGAGGUCAUCUACAAAGAAGAAAGAAGUACGAUUCAAGAUUGCCAUCUCUGGUGGUUCCUUGAUUCAGGUUCUGCACGAAGGUCUUUUGAAAAGAUCUGACGUUCAAUGGGGUAAAUGGGAUAUGUAUUUUGCUGACGAAAGACUGGUACCCUUUAACUCCAAUGACAGUAACUACGGACAAGCCAAAAGAAAAAUUUUAGAUCUUAUUGACACUGAAAAGUAUGGGAAACCAAACGUCUAUCAUAUAGAUGAAUCUUUGAUCGAAGAUCCCCAAGAAUGUGCCGAUAAUUAUGAAAAAGUCUUGAUCAAGGGUUUUGCCGGAAGAGAUUCUGUAAAACUUCCGAUGUUUGACUUAUUUUUGCUAGGUUGUGCACCAGAUGGUCACAUUGCAUCCUUAUUCCCAAAUUUCCAAGAAAAUCUUAGGGAGAAACUAGCGUGGGUCGUUCCAGUAGUAAAAGCUCCAUCUGGCCCUUCAAAUAGGAUUUCAUUAACAAUUCCUGUAAUUUGUCAUUCUCAUAGGGUAAUGUUUGUUGUAGAAGGUGCUGUGAAAGCUCCGGUUAUCAAAACUAUUAUGGAAAGACCAGAGAAAGGUUUACCUAGUAGUAUUGUUAAUGAAGGCGCAGCAGGACGUGUAUCAUGGUUUGUGGAUGAUGAUGCGUUAACUGAUGUAUUUGUUACAAAGAAAACUUAUAAAUUUCAUAAUAAAAUUGAGUCUGAGUAA